GAAAAUGUGAUUCUUCCACUCCCUUACCUACAAGUCUUCCACCAUUCACUAAGCUUUCAAUUCAUGGCAAUCACAAUUGUUGAUAACUUUACUACAUAUUUACCUACUUACCUCCACCAACUCUUAUAUUUGUGGUUUCACCUAAUCAAAAAAUCUACACCCAUCCUCAACAACAACAGAAAACGAAAUCAUAUUUAUAAUUAAUAGUCAUUGGAGACUACAUUAAGGGCAUGUUUGGUAUGGCUCACUAAAUGGGACUGUGCUAUAUUAGACCUGAAGCCCAUGUUUGGUUAGCAAGAGGACUAAUGUAAAUGGGAUAGUAGAGCCCAACAGUAAAAAAAACGCCUCACUCGUUCUCCUUAUACAGAGAAGCUCAAAAUGAGUUCGCAAAAUAAGCCUUCGCUAUAUUGAACACGCCUCUCUCCAGUUCACUUCUUCUCUGCGACUCCACUCCACCUCUCCUGCGUUCAACAUCGACUCAUCUUCUUCGAAUCUUGACGCAGGGAUGGAAAGUGAAGGUAACAGUCAAAACUUUGAACAAGGAAAGAAAGGAACUAGGCGGUCAUGGUCCAAGUUUGAAGAAGAUUCGUUUUUGACCGUGCUAGAUGAUUUUGUGGCUGCAGGCCAACGCUGUGAGACUGGUAGUUUCAAAUCUGGUACUAUGGUCCAAAUGGAGAAGGCUUUGAAUAUUAAAUGUCCUGAUUCGGGGCUAAAGGCAUGCCCUCAUAUUGAAUCCAAAUUGAAGAAGUGGAAAAAGCAAUAUAGCAUAGUCUAUGACAUGAUAAACACAAGUGGAUUUGCUUGGAAUGAUAUAAAAAAGUGUGUUGAGGUUGACAGUAAUGAUGCAUGGGAAACUUAUGUGCAGCACCACAAGGAAGCAGCCGAAUGGAGGAGCAAGCCAUUUCCUUUGUUUGAUAGACUUUCUAAUAUCUUCGGAAAGGAUCGUGCUAAUGGACAAAGAGCUGAAGCCCCCGCUGACAUGAUGGAAGAGCAAAGCAAUAAUGAUGUCAAUGCUAGUGAUAAUUGUGUCCAGGAAGAUGCAUCUCCUAUGUCUUUAAACAUAGAAGGAAGCCAAUCUAUGAACAGUCAAAAUAAGAGGAAAAGAGCUACAAGUUCAAGUGAUGAAGAGAAGAUUGUGACUGUAUUGGAGAAAUUGUUUGAGGCAUCUGGGAAAAGGAUGCAAAUGGUGACUGAGGCUAUAAUAAAAGGUAAUGAAGAUCGAUCUGAUAUUGCCAAAGAACUCAAGAGAAUGGGAUUUUCUCCUUUAGAUCAAAUUGCAGCACUAAAGCUCAUUUUGGAGAAGCCACAAAACAUCUCUAUAUUCAUGUCUUUGGAUGAUGAUAUCAAGAAAGUGUUUGUUGAGCAGUUGCUUAGUGACAAUGCUUGAGGACAUGGCCUAGCUAAGUUUGAUGCAUCUAUCUUUUUGGAAACACCACAAAUGAUGCAUUGAUAAGAUUGGCUUCAUUUUGGAAACACCACAAAUUGUAUAACAUUUUGCUAGCAUUAAAGCCAUAUGGUUCAUGGUUGUGGGGUUUAUUAGUUUCAUUUUGAAAUUGUGGAUGUUUAUUUGUAUGUAUUAAUGGUAGAAUUGUGUGUAGCGAACUAAACCUCUAAUUUCUGAGUCAUGUAGAUGACUUUGGCAUAUAUGAAAAUUUCUAACUUUUGCACA